AUGGAACCACAACGCCGCUACAACGUAGAGCGGUCCUGCCUACGCUGCCACGAGCGCAAACUAAAAUGUGACAGAACAACCCCUUGCAGUAGAUGCGUACGACAAAACACAGCAUGCCAAUACCCUGGCCCGAGCCGAGUGAAGCGCCAAACCCCGAAGAAGAGUAUGACAGAAGUUGCAGCACGGCUGGAACAGCUGGAGCGGUCCAUCGCAGCGAUGGUCAAGGAACGACCGCGUGGAUCGACAGAUGGCAGCUCGGAUGUAAAAUCUGACUCGACGGCCGGUAAAAGCGCAAGUACAAGUACAUUGCCAUUCAUUGGCAAAUUGGAUACCGCCAGAUCAAGACCACUCGAUCAAGGCUUCCUCUCCAAAGACGGCCGCUAUAUCAACGAACCACUCCUCUCAAGAGUCCUAGACAAAGAAAAAGAACUCCAAUCAGCUAUCGGAUCGCCAAGUGAUUAUAGCAGUCCGCACCGUCCACCGGUUUUGCGUGCAGAGGGUCUCAUUGCGAAUCCGCUUCUGGCUCAGGUUGAUCUUAAAGAGUUAUAUCCGAGUCGGUGGCAGGCGACUCUGCUAUGGCAAGCAUUCCUUAGCCGUGUUGAUCCCCUGGUUAAAGUCCUGCACAUCCCAUCGACGCAGCCACGUAUCUUUGCUGCUAUUAAUCGGCCGGAGAGUGUGCGGCCAGAUGUGCGCGCUUUGCUUUUUGCUAUUUACUUUGCUGCCACUACUGCCUUCAUCUCUGAUGAUAGGCAGAAUGAGAGUUUGCAAUUUGAUUUGAGGAAGUAUCAGCAGGGGAUGGAGAUUUCGUUGUACCAGUCUGAGUUUUUGGAUGCUCCUACUAUUACCUCGUUGCAGGCGACGGUUAUUUAUCAGACAUGUUUCCGCUACAGUAAUAGCGGUCGAUCCGGUUGGACAUUACAGGGUAUGACCAUGCGAGCUGCGCAGUCAAUUGGUCUACAACGUGACGGCAAGCAUUUCAAACUCCCUCAACUAGAAUGUGAAUUGCGACGACGACUUUGGUGGCACAUCCAUUCUGCAGAUGCCCGAGUCGCGGAAGAUCACGGACUGAGCGUCCCCGAAAACGACUACGGAGAUACAGAACUGCCAUUAAACAUCGACGACGGAAAUUUAUCCGGGCUGGAUGAAAGUCCAGUCGAAUCCCAGUCCCGGUGGACGGAUAUGACCUAUUCACUAAUAAUAAUGGAAAUCAUCAAAAAGAGGCCAAUGCUGCUGCGCACCCUGGAAGGAUCGACAGAUCCCAGCAGAGCAAUCGCCGAUUUCAGAAGAGAGAUCCAUGAGAAAUACCUCAAGCACGGCGAUCCCGAUAUCCCAAUCCAGCGCAUUGGUCUCCUACUCGGACAACUCCUCCUUGCAAAGGCAGAAAUCUGCAUUCGACAGAGGAUAAUCCAUUCCCAGGGUCCUGCGGCAACGUCAUUAGAUCGCGGAAUUUCCCAAGGAUCCUUCGAUCUGGCCUGUAACGCUAUUGAACUGGGAUUGGAAAUCCACACCGACGAGUUACUGCGUGGAUUCCGGUGGUUGACUAGUACAUUCACGGGAUACCAUCCUCUCACGUAUAUUCUCUGGACGCUGUGUGUUUGUCCUACCGGACCACAUGUUGAACGAGCGUGGCGGGUGGUCAAUACGCUCUUUGAUAUCACGGAGGAGAAUUCUUUGAUCUCCGGUCCCGGCGAGAGGUGGCCUAUGAUUGUACAACUGAGAGAGAAGGCUUUGCGGAGUAGACAGGCUCACGAAGCUUUGCAUUCGAGUCAGCAGGCUGCGGAUGAUACUGCUGUAUACGGUGAUGGUGGUCAUGCGAUGCGGUUGGAUGGGGGGUUCGAUAUGAAUGUUUGGGAUCCUAGCUUCAUUGAGAAUCCUGAUUGGAAUUAUUUGACGCAGAGUCUUGCCUUGCUUAAUGGAGAGAUUUGA